GGCGCCCGUGGACGCGGCCCGGUGUCGGGCCCCUGGCACUGCGCUCCGGCCUCGGUCCGCGGGCCGCAGGGCGGCGGGCGGGAGGAUGGGCACCCAGGGCAGCCCGGUGAAGAGCUACGACUACCUGCUCAAGUUCCUGCUGGUGGGCGACAGCGACGUGGGCAAGGGCGAGAUCCUGGAGAGCCUGCAGGACGGCGCGGCCGAGUCCCCGUACGCCUACAGCAACGGGAUCGACUACAAGACGACCACCAUAUUGCUGGAUGGCCGGCGAGUCAAGCUGGAGCUCUGGGACACGUCGGGCCAAGGGAGGUUCUGCACCAUCUUCAGGUCCUACUCCAGGGGCGCCCAGGGGAUCCUCCUGGUGUAUGACAUCACUAACCGCUGGUCCUUUGAUGGGAUUGACCGGUGGAUCAAGGAGAUUGAUGAGCACGCACCUGGGGUCCCCCGGAUCCUGGUCGGGAACCGACUGCACCUGGCCUUCAAGCGUCAAGUUCCAACAGAGCAGGCCCGUGCCUAUGCAGAGAAGAACUGCAUGACCUUCUUUGAAGUCAGCCCCCUGUGCAACUUCAACGUCAUCGAGUCCUUCACGGAACUCUCCCGCAUUGUGCUCAUGAGGCAUGGCAUGGAGAAGAUCUGGAGGCCCAAUCGAGUUUUCAGCUUGCAAGACCUCUGCUGCCGUGCCAUCGUCUCCUGCACCCCCGUCCACCUCAUUGACAAGCUUCCGCUGCCAGUCACCAUCAAGAGCCACCUCAAGUCCUUCUCGAUGGCCAACGGCAUGAACGCCGUCAUGAUGCACGGCCGCUCCUACUCCCUGGCCAGCGGGGCUGGGGGCAGCGCCAGCAAAGGCAACAGCCUCAAGAGGUCCAAGUCCACCCGCCCCCCUCAGAGCCCGCCUCAGAACUGCUCUCGCAGCAACUGCAAGAUCUCCUAGCGGGACUGGUGGGCACCGCCCGUGCAGACUCUGGGAGCUCGUGCUGGGGCACUCCCGGUCGAGUGCUGGAAGGCUUGGCCACACAGCCCUGCCCAGGAAGCACCAGGCUUCCCACACCUGUGUCAGGUGAAAGGGGCGGUCCCAUGGGAGAUGACACCCCCCUCCUCCCCCACACACCCUGGGCAGAGGGGCCGCUGGUGCUACAGGGGCCCAGGUCUGAACUAGCCCGGAUUCCAGGGCUACCUGGGCUCCAGCUGGGAGGAAGCCUGGCUCCCCCAUUUAUAUGGAGAACAUUUCAGCGUUUUGUACAUUUUUACAGACCUGUCAGGGAAGCCUGGGCGCAGCCGUGAGGUGGGCUUGCGCUUGCACAGCCACGCCAGCUGCAGGGGCUCGGGGCUUGGAGCAGUGAAGGAGGGGGUCAGCACCAAAGCUGGAUGUUCUUUGGACUGGCAUGCACCUCUCCUGGGGUGCUCAGAGACCCUCUGGAAAUAGAAGGGCCAGACACUGGUGGCCGAGACUCAGCUCAGCUUCCAGUCUGACCCAGGUGGCAAGUGUGCUGGGCCCAGGGAAGAUGGAUCCCCUGCAGCCCUCUCUGGAUGAUACCACCCCCAUACACCAGAGCUCCAGCAACUCCCAGGAGAGUGAGGGCGAAGGUGUGCCCUGGAGCCUCACUUCCGCCCCUUCCUGGUGCCCCCUUCUCCCCGAUGCUUCUGGUGGUGUUUACUAUACACAGAUUAGCCCAGCAUCUCCAGACUGAGCGUGCAGAGCCAUCUGCAGACCUUAAGUACUUGGUGGGGUGCAGCCUGCUGGUCUCUGGUGGGCUGUGGCCUUUCUGUCACCUGUCACUGGAGCCUGACACCACCCAGAGCAGCAGCCUCCGCCACCCUGUGGGCCGCAGGGUUCCAUCCCGAGUCCCUCCUCAGGGACCACCAGCCCAGCCCUGAGCUGGAGCUCACAGGGCCCGCCCGUGCCCGUCUUGAAGCCAUGUACCGAUCCUCCACAGGUCCCCAUCUGCCUGGGGCAGCCCCCCCUCAGUGGGAAUGUCACCCCUGACUUCACCCUGGCCUGGUAAUGCAGCCCUUGGUCACACUGGUGCUCAACUCUACCUCCUGCCCUUGGGCCCCCCGCCACAGCAGGAGCCACAACCCAAUUAGGGACUUCUCAGUGCAGAUUUCCAGCAGUGGGCCUGCCAUGAGUGCUAGCAGGGCACCAGUUGACACGCAGCACCCUGGUCUGUGGUGCUGGGAGACGAGUCAAGCCACCACUGGAGGAAAGGCCGUGGGGACUGCCUGGCGAGCCCAGAUCGCCUCCAAGCCCCCACCAUUGAGACUGCCCCGCAGAUGGCCUCACUCCUAGCCCACCUGUCCUGUUGCUGCCAAUAGAGCCCUUUUCUCUGGAAUCAUGAACAGAAUCACUGAGACUUUGUUCUGAGGACCUGGACAGGCAUGCCUGCGCAUCAACACUACUUCCGCCGCUGUGGACUCGAUCCUGGACUCUGUACAGUAAAUGUACUUCAGCUGUGACCUCUCUGGUUUGUAUAAAUCAGCCUCAGACUCA